CAGUCUGGCCCCGCUUCGAUGUCGGGAAACUAGAGCCCACUGAACUGAAGAGCCACAGUUUGGGUGGGGCGGCUAUGGGCUCACAAGCUGGUUUUAGUGUUUUAAAUGUUCCUAAGCUGAUCUCGUCUUGUCCUCAUGUCGAUGUGAGCAUGGCUGGAGUGAUGGUUCCGUGUCUAGUGGAUACGGGGUCUAUGGUGUCCUGUGUGUCGGAGAGCUUUUUUCAUCAGUAUUUUGAGCUUUGGGGUCAGGAGCGCCUCCAGUCAAGCCACUGGUUGCAGCUUCGAGCUGCUAAUGGUUUAGCUAUACCAUACAUUGGCUACUUAGAGCUUGAGGUACAACUUUGUGGAAAGUUGAUGCCAAAUUGUGGAGUGUUGGUUGUAAAGGACCCUCCUGGCGGUACGCCUGCUCAAGUGCCUGGUGUUCUGGGUAUGAAUGUGAUUCGCAAAUGCUACCAAGAGCUCUUUGGACAGUAUGGUGAGGGGUUGUUCGCUCAGUCCUGUGUAUCUGGGACUCCAUCCCCUGUUGUGCAGGCACUGCAGCAGUGUCGACAUGUGGAUGCUCAGACCCCUCCGGAUAGUUCAGGAAGGGCAAAGGUCAGAGGUAAGGGGGCUUGGCGUAUUCCUGGUGGGGUCAUGAAGAUCGUGGCAGCCACAUGUGCUGAGAAGUAUCUUGGUUCCACAGUGUUGUUUGAGCCCCCGGCCUCUGGGUUGCCUGCUGGUUUGCUUGCUUCCCCUGCCCUGGUUCAAGUGAUCAGGGGAACAGCAUACAUACCUGUCACCAAUGUAGGCUCGACCGACGUUGUGUUGUAUGCUCGCACUGUCGUUGGCACACUCGAUGCAGUAAAUGUCGUGAGCCUUCCUCCAGGUGUCAGUGAGGUGCCAUCUUGUGUGGCCAUGUUGUCAUCUCAGACAGUUGCCCCUACUGUACAGCAGCAGGCAGAGGAUGUAGACCUGUCCUCGUUGUCUGCAGAGGAACAGCUCCAGGUGAGGUCUCUGCUGAGACAGUAUGCCCCUGUUUUCUCAGCCCAUGAUGGAGAUCUGGGCUGUACCAGGCUGAUCUCCCAUGACAUCCCGGUGGUUGAUGAUGCCCCUGUAAGGCAGCGCUAUAGGCGUAUACCACCAUCGGAAUACGAGGUCGUGAAAGAACACAUCAAUCAGCUGCUCUCAUCCCAGGUAAUCAGGGAAAGUAGUAGUCCCUAUGCGUCCCCAAUUGUGUUGGUGAGGAAAAAGGAUGGCACUCUGCGUAUGUGUGUUGACUACAGGCAACUCAAUAGCAAGACUAGGAAGGAUGCCUUUCCUCUGCCUCGCAUUGAGGAGUCACUUGAUGCGCUUUCAGGUGCCCGCUGGUUUACCACCCUAGACUUAACCAGUGGCUACAAUCAAGUGCCAGUUACUGAGGCAGACAAGCCAAAAACUGCCUUUUGCACCCCGUUUGGUUUGUUUGAAUGGAACCGCAUGCCCUUUGGUCUUUGUAAUGCUCCUGGCACAUUUCAGAGGCUCAUGCAGCGUAUUUUUGGAGACAAACAAUGUGAGUCAUUACUGUUGUAUCUUGAUGACAUCGUUGUGUUUUCAUCGACCGUGGAACAACACCUGGAGCGGUUGCGGGUUGUGCUGGACCGACUCAAAAAUGAGGGCCUAAAGGCAAAGCUUAGUAAAUGCUCUUUCUUCCAGAAGGAGGUGCAUUAUUUGGGCCAUGUAAUAUCUAGAGACGGUGUCUCCACGGAGCCCGGCAAGGUUGAGGCAGUCGCUAAUUGGCCAAUGCCUAAGACUGUCUCUGAGCUGCGGUCUUUUCUUGGCUUUGCCAGCUACUAUCGGCGGUUUGUAGAGGGUUUUGCCAAGUUGGCAGCCCCGCUGCAUAAGGCUGUGGCAGAGUUUGGGAGCACAAAGACGGGUAAGAAGUCCAAACAUGGUGUCAUCGAGCAGUGGACUGACGAGUGUGAACAAGGUUUUAAAGCGUUGAAGGCAAGGCUCACUACUGCACCAGUAUUGGCCUAUGCAGAUUUUACCCUCCCUUUUAUCCUGGAGGUGGAUGCGAGCCAUGGUGGCUUGGGGGCAGUGCUCUCACAGGAACAAGCAGGAAAGGUGCGGCCGAUAGCUUAUGCUAGCCGCGGCUUGAGACCAACAGAAAGGAACAUGACCAAUUAUAGUUCCAUGAAACUUGAGUUCCUGGCCCUUAAGUGGGCCAUGACUGAAAAGUUUCGAGAGUACCUGUUGGGUCAUAAGUGUAUUGUCUAUACAGACAAUAACCCUUUGAGUCAUUUAACUUCUGCUAAACUGUGUGCAGCUGAGCAGCGAUGGGCAGCCCAGCGGGCGUCCUUCGACUUCGACAUUAAGUAUCGGUCAGGGAGGAGUAACCAGAAUGCCGACGCGCUGUCUCGCCAAUGCCCACCUGGUCCUCAGGAUAUUGAGGCUAUGCUCCCUGGUACUGCCAUGCCCAAGCCUCUGCAACAAGCCCUGGCACUGAGAGAGGAUGAGGUAAUCCAAGCUACCAUUGUAGCCCUGCCACAGCACACCACCCCUGAGAUCUGUACCCUUCAGCAGGCUGACCCGGUGAUUUUAGAGUUUAUGCCGUUUUUUGAGAGAAAGCAGCGUCCUAGCCACGAGGAGCGGGCACAACUGUCACAGUCUGCACUGAUUCUGCUCCGUCAGUGGGAUCGCCUGGUCGAGAGGGACGGGGUCCUGUACCGCCAGGUGUUCCGCUCUGACGGUGCGGUGCCCACUUUUCAGUUGUUGUUGCCCGAGGCUCUCACCAGCGAGGUUUUAAACCAGGUCCAUCAGGAGCAUGGUCAUCAGGGAGUGGAGCGCACUUUGGCGCUGCUGCGGUCCCGGUGCUAUUGGCCAGGCAUGUCCUCUGAUGUGGCUCAAUGGUGUCAGGCAUGUGAGAGGUGUCAAGUCGCCAAAGAUGUCCACCCAACAGCUAACAGCUAUAUGGGCCAUCUGUUGGCAUCGCGUCCUAAUGAAAUCGUUGCCAUCGACUACACUACCCUUGAGCCUGCACAGAAUGGUGUCAAAAAUGUCUUGGUAAUGACAGAUGUUUUUAGUAAAUACACCAUAGCUGUUCCUACUCGGGAUCAGCGUGCAACCACAGUGGCCAAGGUCCUUGUAUCAGAAUGGUUUUAUAAAUUUGGUGUCCCGUCUCGGUUACAUUCCGACCAGGGCCGUAACUUUGAGAGCUCGCUCAUACAGCAACUUUGCAGCUUGUAUGGUAUUGCGAAAUCGCGCACCACACCCUACCAUCCUGAGGGGAAUGGUCAGUGUGAACGGUUCAACAGGACACUCCACAAUCUGUUGCGUACACUGCCUGUCUCCCGAAAGAGGGACUGGACUUCAUGUUUGCCUCAGGUCCUUUAUUUUUAUAAUACCACCCCCCAUCAGGCUACCGGAGAGUGUCCGUUUCUUCUGAUGUUCGGCCAGGAACCUCGACUGCCACUCGACUUUUUAUUGGGUAGAGUUGAGAACCCAGUUAAAGGGACUCUGACCUUUGUUGCAUUUGAGAAUUACAGCACAUUCAAAUCAUCCCGCCUUCCUCCAAUGGAACACCAGGCUCGACUACAGGUGGCAUUCGAAGGUGCAAGGGAGCGCUUGCAACACGCUGCAGGCCGCCGAAAGCGAGCCCAUGACCAGCAUGUCAAAGAGCUAUUGCUCAGGGAAGGGCAGUUGGUAUUUCUGCGUGAUUUUACUGCACGAGGGCCUCACAAGAUUCGGGAUCGGUGGAGCUCCAUGAAGUACAGAGUGUUGAGAGCACCUGCAGAAGGUGGCUCUGUAUAUACUAUCGUGCCAGUGGACAACCCGACUAAGAUCAGGCAAGUCCACCGCAAAAUGCUGAAAGCUGUGGUUGGAGUGGACCCACCUGGAUGUGCCCCCCCUCAUGACUCACCAUCUGUGGAGGAACCAGUUGCUGAGAAUGAUGACUCAUUUGAGUACGAUCUGCUGGUCCUCAGGCCACAGCCCCCAGUGGCCUCUGCAGUCAGGCAUGACACCAGCUUAACUGCUGUGACUCAGGCCCGCCCCCAAAGGCCAGUUCUUCCAUCUGACCCCGACCCCCAAGUCGGCGUCCCUUUGUCGGCACCACGUACUGGAGCACGGAACUUGGACGCUGCCCCUCCAGUCAGUUGUCCCGGUCCUAGUGACCUCGCCCCACGCCGGACCAUGCGCUCAACUGCUGGUCACCACUCCAAUGUCCAUCAUGUUCCACGGCCAACUGGACAGAGGGAAGCAUUCUUCUCCAGGAAGCAGCAGGAGGGAGAGACUCUUCAGGAGUUCUCCCUCGCUUUGAUGGGUCUCGUGGCUAAGUCUCUGGUGUUCAGUAUGGCGUUCAGGGUGGCCAUUAUGGCCCUGUCCCUUCACCCCCAGUGUCUGAGGACCCUCCUGGCGGUACGCCUGCUCAAGUGCCUGGUGUUCUGGGCACUGCAGCAGUGUCGACAUGUGGAUGCUCAGACCCCUCCGGAUAGUUCAGGAAGGGCAAAGACAGUUGCCCCUACUGUACAGCAGCAGGCAGAGGAUGUAGACCUGUCCUCGUUGUCUGCAGAGGAACAGCUCCAGCCCAUGAUGGAGAUCUGGGCUGUAACCAGGCUGAUCUCCCAUGACAUCCCGGUGGUUGAUGAUGCCCCUGUAAGGCAGCGCUAUAGGCGUAUACCACCAUCGGAAUACGAGGUCGUGAAAGAACACAUCAAUCAGCUGCUCUCAUCCCAGGUAAUCAGGGAAAGUAGUAGUCCCUAUGCGUCCCCAAUUGUGUUGGUGAGGAAAAAGGAUGGCACUCUGCGUAUGUGUGUUGACUACAGGCAACUCAAUAGCAAGACUAGGAAGGAUGCCUUUCCUCUGCCUCGCAUUGAGGAGUCACUUGAUGCGCUUUCAGGUGCCCGCUGGUUUACCACCCUAGACUUAACCAGUGGCUACAAUCAAGUGCCAGUUACUGAGGCAGACAAGCCAAAAACUGCCUUUUGCACCCCGUUUGGUUUGUUUGAAUGGAACCGCAUGCCCUUUGGUCUUUGUAAUGCUCCUGGCACAUUUCAGAGGCUCAUGCAGCGUAUUUUUGGAGACAAACAAUGCGAGUCAUUACUGUUGUAUCUUGAUGACAUCGUUGUGUUUUCAUCGACCGUGGAACAACACCUGGAGCGGUUGCGGGUUGUGCUGGACCGACUCAAAAAUGAGGGCCUAAAGGCAAAGCUUAGUAAAUGCUCUUUCUUCCAGAAGGAGGUGCAUUAUUUGGGCCAUGUAAUAUCUAGAGACGGUGUCUCCACGGAGCCCGGCAAGGUUGAGGCAGUCGCUAAUUGGCCAAUGCCUAAGACUGUCUCUGAGCUGCGGUCUUUUCUUGGCUUUGCCAGCUACUAUCGGCGGUUUGUAGAGGGUUUUGCCAAGUUGGCAGCCCCGCUGCAUAAGGCUGUGGCAGAGUUUGGGAGCACAAAGACGGGUAAGAAGUCCAAACAUGGUGUCAUCGAGCAGUGGACUGACGAGUGUGAACAAGGUUUUAAAGCGUUGAAGGCAAGGCUCACUACUGCACCAGUAUUGGCCUAUGCAGAUUUUACCCUCCCUUUUAUCCUGGAGGUGGAUGCGAGCCAUGGUGGCUUGGGGGCAGUGCUCUCACAGGAACAAGCAGGAAAGGUGCGGCCGAUAGCUUAUGCUAGCCGCGGCUUGAGACCAACAGAAAGGAACAUGACCAAUUAUAGUUCCAUGAAACUUGAGUUCCUGGCCCUUAAGUGGGCCAUGACUGAAAAGUUUCGAGAGUACCUGUUGGGUCAUAAGUGUAUUGUCUAUACAGACAAUAACCCUUUGAGUCAUUUAACUUCUGCUAAACUGUGUGCAGCUGAGCAGCGAUGGGCAGCCCAGCGGGCGUCCUUCGACUUCGACAUUAAGUAUCGGUCAGGGAGGAGUAACCAGAAUGCCGACGCGCUGUCUCGCCAAUGCCCACCUGGUCCUCAGGAUAUUGAGGCUAUGCUCCCUGGUACUGCCAUGCCCAAGCCUCUGCAACAAGCCCUGGCACUGAGAGAGGAUGAGGUAAUCCAAGCUACCAUUGUAGCCCUGCCACAGCACACCACCCCUGAGAUCUGUACCCUUCAGCAGGCUGACCCGGUGAUUUUAGAGUUUAUGCCGUUUUUUGAGAGAAAGCAGCGUCCUAGCCACGAGGAGCGGGCACAACUGUCACAGUCUGCACUGAUUCUGCUCCGUCAGUGGGAUCGCCUGGUCGAGAGGGACGGGGUCCUGUACCGCCAGGUGUUCCGCUCUGACGGUGCGGUGCCCACUUUUCAGUUGUUGUUGCCCGAGGCUCUCACCAGCGAGGUUUUAAACCAGGUCCAUCAGGAGCAUGGUCAUCAGGGAGUGGAGCGCACUUUGGCGCUGCUGCGGUCCCGGUGCUAUUGGCCAGGCAUGUCCUCUGAUGUGGCUCAAUGGUGUCAGGCAUGCCAGUUCUUCCAUCUGACCCCGACCCCCAAGUCGGCGUCCCUUUGUCGGCACCACGUACUGGAGCACGGAACUUGGACGCUGCCCCUCCAGUCAGUUGUCCCGGUCCUAGUGACCUCGCCCCACGCCGGACCAUGCGCUCAACUGCUGGUCACCACUCCAAUGUCCAUCAUGUUCCACGGCCAACUGGACAGUGUGCCGCCAAUCGAGUCAACAGAUGAGGGACGGCUACUGAGCAACCUGAACGGCUGA